AACAAGUAAUCAUUCAAUUUUUUAUUUUUUUUUAAACUUGCAAACUUUUUAACUCAACAUUCUUUCCCUAUUAAAACCCACCCAUGCUAUGCCUUUUUCUCAUCAAAACCCAAAAUGAGAUACUCCAUUUUAGUUGCUUGUUUCAUUACCUUUGCUAUAUUUCAUUCAUCACUAGCUCAAACUCCUCAAGAGAAUUUUCUUAAUGCUCAUAAUGCAGCUCGUAGACAAGUUGGAGUCGGCCCUAUGAGAUGGGACAAUACGCUAGCAGCCUAUGCCCAAAAUUACGCCAAUCAAAGAAUUGGUGACUGCGGGAUGAUCCACUCUGAUGGACCUUACGGCGAAAACCUAGCCGCGGCUUUCCCCCAGCUCAAUGCGGCUGGUGCCGUGAAAAUGUGGGAUGAUGAGAAGCAAUGGUACGAUUAUAAUUCGAAUACUUGUGCACCGGGAAAAGUAUGUGGACACUAUACUCAGGUUGUUUGGCGUAAUUCAGUACGUCUUGGUUGUGCAAGGGUUCGAUGCAACAGCGGCUGGGUUUUUAUAACGUGCAAUUAUGAUCCACCGGGUAAUUAUAUAGGACAACGUCCUUAUGGUGAUCUUCAAGACCAACCGGCCUUUGAUUCCAAGUUGGAAUUACCAACUGAUGUGUGAUUAUGGGUUUAAUUAAUUAUAUGAUCAAAUUAAAUCGAUCGUCAAUGAAUAAUGCUGUAAUUGUUUAAGGAAAAUAAAAUCCAGUGCUAUGUUAUGUGAUGUAUGUUAUCUUAGUUGAUUAAUCAUCAGUUUAUGUAUGAAGUGUUUUAUUGGUUUAUUUUGUUAUUAUGA